AUGCCUGGACUCCUGAACAUUCCGACUUCCGAGUUCCGUAAAACUUUCCUCCAACGCAUUUCCGGUCAACAAAAUGUUGACAGCACGGAGCCGAAUAGCUGGAAGGCAAUGUUUGACAAUCCGACAAUGGAGGAGCCUUGCCUGCGACUGAUUGAUGAUGAGAACAUAGUUUUGAAGAAGAAGUUGAACACGCAAGAAGUCAUCUUCAGAAAUGCGAAUUCCGAUCUCGUGAAGCGCAAUUUGGAGCUGGAAUCCCAUAUAGAUGUGAUGCUACUUAAGUAUAAAACCGUGAAGAAGCGCCUGGAAACUGCGAAGAAGAACAAUCGUGUUCUGGAGCGAAAAGUGAGACGACUAUCGGAAAACAUUCAGAAUCGUAACGAAGACGAGGAGGAAUUGGAAGCUGAAUUGGAAAGGCUGGACGACGAACAUCAGCUGGUCAGAAAGGCUCUUUGCGAAAUGCAACGUCCCGUAGCCACCGACGGCCCGUCGGAAUUGCUCAAAUCUGCCGAGUUCGCAUUGCAAUCUGUGCACGAAAUGUGGAAAAAUCGGUGCGAAGCGCUGAAUAUAACUAUUUUGGCAAACGAAGCACUGAGAAAGGACAACGAACGACUGAAUGCGGAACUGGAAGAGCUCAGAGUAAAUAUGGAAACGAUCGAUGAUGAGAACUUGAUUCUUAGGGAAACUGUGGAAAGGACAAAGAACAAGGAGACGACGAAUGGGAUUCCCGAGGAGUAUCAGGAUCUGAUAGACUCUCUUUGUAAUUUCUGA